AUGAUUUUGAAACCUUUUCUACUAGGUAAUCUAUUAUCCUUAUGCAUGAAGAUAAUAAAUUCGGUCGUUGUGGUCGGACUCUAUUAUGGAUUUCUGACCACAUUCUCCAUAGGGCCCUCUUAUCUCUUCCUUCUCCGAGCUCGGGUUAUGGAAGAAGGAACCGAGAAGGAGGUAUCAGCAACAACGGGUUUUAUUACGGGACAGCUCAUGAUGUUCAUAUCGAUCUAUUAUGCGCCUCUCCAUCUAGCAUUGGGUAGACCUCAUACAAUAACUGUCCUAGUUCUACCGUAUCUUUUGUUUCAUUUCUUCUGGAACAACCACAAAAACGUUUUUGAUUAUGGAUCUACUACCAGAAACUCAAUGCGUAAUCUCAGCAUUCAAUGUGUAUUCCUGAAUAAUCUCAUUUUUCAAUUAUUCAACCAUUUCAUUUUACCGAGUUCAACAUUAGCCAGAUUAGUCAACAUUUAUAUGUUUUGAUGCAACAACAAGAUGUUAUUUGUAACAAGUAGUUUUGUUGGUUGGUUAAUUGGUCACAUUUUAUUCAUGAAAUGGGUUGGAUUGGUAUUAUUCUGGAUACGGAAAAAUAAUUCUAUUAGAUCGAAUAAGUACCUUGUGUCAGAAUUGAGAAAUUCUAUGGCUCGAAUCUUUAGUAUUCUCUUAUUUAUCACCUGUGUCUACUAUUUAGGCAGAAUGCCGUCGCCUAUUGUUACUAAGAAACUAAAAGAAGAAACUGCCGAAACGGAAGAAAGGGGGGAAAGUGAGGGAGAAACAGAUGUAGAAAUCGAAACAAUUUCCGAAACGAAGGGGACUAAACAGGAAGAAGGAUCCAUCGAAGAAGACCCUUCUCCUUCCCUUUGUUCGGAAGAAAAUUCGAAGUUAGAAAUACUUAAACUUAAAGAAGAUAAAGACCUCCUCUGGUUUGAAAAACCUCUUGUUACUCUUCUUUUCGACUAUAAACGAUGGAAUCGUCCAGUGCGAUAUAUCAAAAAUGAUCAAUUUGAAGAUGCUGUCCGAGACGAAAUGUCACACUAUUUUUUUUUUACAUGUGAAAGUGAUGGAAAAGAAAGAAUCUCUUUUACAUAUCCACCUAGUUUGUCAAUCUUUUUGGAAAUGAUAAAAGGAAAGAUACUUUUGUCCACAACUGAAAAACCCUCUUCUGAAGAAUUGUAUAAUAAUUGGGUUUAAACCAACAAAAAAAAAAAAACGAACAUAAACAACGCAUUUUUCAAUAGAAUUGAUGCUCUAGAAAGGGGGUCUCUGAAACUGGAUGUACUUGAAAAAAGGAUUAGAUUCUGCAAUGAUGAGACUGAACAAGACUGCCUGCCUGAAAGGUAUGAUCCUUUUUUGAACGGAACCCGCCGUGGAAGCGAAAAAAAAAAAAAGUAUUUAAACUCAAGUUUGAAUAUGAAUGAGGCUUUCUCAGAAGAAGGUUGGAUUUGGAUAAAUAAAUUUCAUAAUAUACUUCCCACAAACUACCAAGAAUUUGAGGAAAAAAAGGAAAAAUUUGAGAGAAAAUACUUCCUUCCAGAAGAAGGAAAACUUAAUUCAGAAAAUAGAACGAAAUUUUUAUUUGAUGCGGUUACACCCGAUAGACAUCAUCAAAGAAUUAUAAAGGAAUCCAUUGGAAUAAAAGAAAUACGUAAAGAAGUUCCUCAAUGGUCAUACAAAUUGAUUACCAGUUUGGAUCAACAAGAUGGAACAAUUUUAGAAGAAACGGCUGAGGAUCAUGAAAUUAGGUCAAGAAAGGCCAACCAUGUAGUCAUUUUUACAGAUACCGAACGUACAAAUAGUACAACGAAUACUAAUGAUGAAGUAGAAGAAGUGUUUGUCCUACGUUAUGCGCAAGAAUCGGAUUUUCGUCGAGAUAUAAUCAAAGGUUCUAUGCGCGCUCAAAGACGUAAAACAGGUAUUUGGGAACCGUUUCAAACAAAUAUCCAUUCCCCCCUUUUUUUGGACAGAAUCUACAAAAAGUUUUUUUUUUCUGCUGAUACCUCCCGAAUUUGGAAUCUUCUUUUUAAGAAUUGGAUGAUAAAAAGUACGGAAUUAAAAAAUUCCAGUUUUGAGGAAGAGACAAAAGAAAAGGAUAAAAAAAGGAAGAAGAAAGGGGAGGAAAAUGACCGGCUAGCAGUAGCGGAAAGCUGGGAUACUGUUCUAUUUGGUCAAUCAAUAAGGGGUUGCUUGUUAAUAGCCCACUCGAUUUUUAGAAAAUAUAUUGGAUUGCUUUCAUUGAUAAUAGCUAAAAACGUCAGCCGUAUCUUAUUAUUUCAACCCCCGGAAUGGAAUGAGGAUUGGAGAGAGUGGGGUAGAGAAAUGCAUGUUAAAUGCACCUAUAAUGGUGUUCAAUUAUCCGAAAUGGAAUUUCCAAAAAAUUGGUUAACAGAGGGUAUUCAGAUAAAGAUCCUAUAUCCUUUCUAUCCGAAACCUUGGAACAGUUCUAAGAAACGAUCUCAUCAUAAAAAUCCAAGGGGAAUAAAGGAAAAUUCUUGCUUUUUGACAGUCUGGGGGAUGGAAACUGAAUUUCCUUUUGGUUCUCCUCGAAGACGACCUUCUUUUUUAAAACCCAUUUUUAAAGACCUAGAAAAAAGAAUAACAAAAAAAAAAACACAAAUUGUAAAUAGCCCCAGGGCUAUGGAACAAAGGAUUAUCCCGGAUCUACACCGAGGUAUUGACGGCGAUUCUCAAAUAUCGCAGAACAGAAUGUGA